AUGUCAGAUUAUCUGACUUGUCAACCAAACCGGAUGACUAUGAACCAAUCGCAUUGACUUUUCCUUCUCACCGGAUGAGAAACAAAAUGGAUUAUCCUGGAAAAACCUCGAAGAAAAUUCGAAACAAAAACCUAAUAGUCAGACGACGAUGGAAGAGGAGAGAGAAGAUGGCGGAGGAGGAGGAUCAGGGAAGGUGGUGGUGGUAGGGCUGAUAGAGAAAGCGACGAACUCGACGAGACCAGAGGUGGACCCACGCCUCCUCAAAGCUAUCAAAUCGGUGGUCCGUUGCUCCGACUACGAGCUCCGAAUCGCUUCCCAAACACUCAUGAGCUUCAUGAAGCGAGAUCAUUCUCAGGUAAGAUACCUCACACUCCUCAUAAUUGAUGAACUGUUCAUGAGGUCAAAACUAUUUAGGACCGUUAUUGUUGAGAACUUGGAUCAGUUAUUGACUUUAAGCAUUGGAUUCCGAAGAAACCUCCCACUCCCUGCUCCUCAAGCUGUCGCAUCUGUAUUACGUUCAAAGGCAAUUGAAUUUUUAGAGAAGUGGAAGACUUCAUUUGGGAUCCAUUACAGACAGCUUAGAUUAGGGUUUGACUACCUGAAAAACAUCCAUCGGUUUCAAUUUCCUAAUCUGCAAGCAAAUGCAGCUCGGAUUCAACAGGAGAGAAGGGAAAGGGAGAUGAGGACAAAAGAGAUUUUGCUGAACAAGUUCGAAACCCUUAAGGAAAGUUUUUCAUCACUCAAGGAUGAAAUACAGUCUACAAUCGAUGAAAUCAGUGGAUGUUUAGGCAUUAUUGAUACUAAGGAUCAAAAUGUGCCAUUGGUUCCCGUUGAUGAUGAUGACGAAAUGGAAGAGUUCCGUAACUCUGAACUGCGCCAGAUCCGUCUUGAUUCGUUGAGAGAAGGUGACAAGGUUCAGGAGAGUAGCGAAAAUAAAGUGGUUUUUGAUGCCUUGAGGGAACUGUACAAGCUUCUAGUUACAAAGCAUUUGGUUUCGGUGCAAGAAUGGAUUUCUGUCCUCAUAAGAGUUGAUGUGGCAGACAACAGGUUCAGAGAUGUCUCCUUGAAAGAGUUCAUUGAUAUUCGUAAUCGUCUCCAGUUAGUAAAGAAGAAAUGUGAAGAAUCAGGUUGCGCUCUUCCUAACACUGUAAAUAAUGAGGAUGAAGAUAUUUGGGAAGAGGGUAUCACUGAAUCCUCUGAGAUAAGAACAAAUAAACGAAGUAACGAUCAUGACAGCGAGUCGGCCCCCAUUGAACCAAGAAAUGAAACCCCGUGUAGUACUAAAGUUUCAAAUGGCAAUGAGGAGGUCAGUCAUGAAGGUGGCAAAGCUGAGUCAAACCCCUUGAGGAAUAACCUUUUGGCUGCAGCUCCAGUCAUGAAGUGGGGCUCUUUCUUGGAUAACUGGGGUUCAAACCGGGAUUUUGUGGCUAACCAGAGAGGAUUGGAGCUUGAAGGUCAUUGGGGUAGGGUAGACUAUGAUGCAGUUAUUCCAGCAGAUAAAAUUGCAGAGUUGAAUGUUCAAACAACUCUUUACAAGGAAGAACCUAUGGAAAUCCAACUCUGUCGUGCCCCUUUGAGAAAAGGGGGACUUUGUCAGAGAAGAGACUUGAGAGUUUGCCCAUUUCAUGGCCCCAUCAUUCCUCGAGACAGUGAAGGGAAGCCAAUCUCUCAGAACUCUUCAAUGGAAAAGAGGACUCUUGAGUUAGGGACUGAUUUAGUGGAGAAGUUAGCAAACCAGUCCCUGAAGAAUGUUCGAGAGAGAGACAAAGAUGAGGCAAAGAAAAGAGAAUAUGACAAACAGGCACUGAGGCGAGCAAAACUUGCAAAAGUUCGGGAGCACAAUGAAGCUGUUUUAUGGGAUGCUGCGGUGGCAUCAACUUCAAGAUCUUCUGCCAUUGGAGAUGAGUUGGAGACAACCAAUCGGAGGAAGUCUUCGGCCAGAAAUAAGAAGCAAACUCUGGCAUCAAUGCUGAAAAAGAAGGUGACUGCUAAAGAUAGAUUAGCUCAGAGGCUACUAAACACCCAUUCAAGGGAUGGUACAAUAAAACAGUUGACACUGGGAGAAGAUGCAAAUUACAGAGAAGCCUUUCCAAAUCAGUGGUAGAUAAAAGAAUCCCUUUGUUCUAUGAUGCUUGUUUGUUUGGCUGAAGACUAGAGGGACCACCACUUCUUCGGCUAGUGUCUGUAUUAUAUAUGCAGAGUUUUUCAUUUUAAUUUUAUAUUUUUGUUGGAAAUGAGAACCAAGUUUGUAAUUAGAUCGUAAGUUGAUAAACAGGACAAAAUUCUGUUCUUGCAAGUUCUUUGGCUGAUAAAUAACACAGGCUUCUUUUUU